CUCUCUCUCUCUCUCUCUCUCUCUCUCUCUAAUCAUCCUUUGUUUUCUCUUCUCCUCUUAGGCGUGGAACUUGGCUUUCAUUACUGUCUCAAAAUCAUUUCUUUUCUUGUACUAUUUCAAGCAGACAACAAAGUCUAACCAAUUGAUACCAUUCACACUCCUCUGUUUUUUCCUCUGUUUCUUGUUCUGUUUCUCACUCUGUUUCCUCUGUUUCUUGUCUUCUUUGUUCUCUCUCAUCUCCACACCAACUUUUCCCAUAUAAAAAGAAACCACACUAUGGAGAAAUGGAAUAAACCUUCAAGAGACCAUAGAAAACAACACCAAAGAGAAAACCCUUCUUUCUCUUCAUCUCUCUUAGACGUAAUCUAUCGCUCCAUCGACGAAGGCCAUCACAAAACAGAGGAAAAACAAGAGAAACUCAUCUUCUACAAAGAAUCAACAUCAUCAUCAUCAUCAUCAACCAUGAGGAAGAUGAAGAGUGUUGUUGAAGCUGAAAAACCAAACUUCAGAAAAACAAGAAAAGUUGAGAAUUUGAAUGGAAGAAACUCUUUGACAGAAUAUGAAAGAUCAACAAGAAGCAAUUCAAACACACUCUCCAUGCAUUCAAGUUCUUCUUCUUCUGAAUCAAGUUCAGCUGGUGGAUUCUCUUCAUCAGAUUCAGAAUCUUUCUAUGGUUUGCAAAAACCAAAACCCAUUAGAACAAGUGUGUCUGAAAAACCAAACAUUGAUUCACAUAACCAUUUUGUUCAAACUCAAAAUCCCAAAAAUGAGAACGGUUUUGGAAAAACAAAGUCCAAAGCUUUAAGAAUUCUAUACGGAGAUUUGAAGAAAUCAAAGCAACCCAUUUCACCUGGUGCAAGACUCGCAAGCUUUUUGAAUUCACUUUUCACUUCUAGUGGAAAUUCCAAGAAAUCAAAAAUAUCAUCAUCAUCAGCUACGAAAAUAGCUACAAACUCUGUUUUGGAAGCUAAAUCGGCACAAACUUCAACAUGUUCAUCGGUUUCAUCUUUUUCAAGGUCUUGUUUGAGUAAAACUCCUUCAUCAAGAUCAGGUACUAAGAGAUCAGUUAGAUUUUGUCCUGUUAGUGUUAUUGUUGAUGAAGAUUGUAAACCUUGUGGACACAAGAAUUUGCAUGAAGGUGAAAAGAGUUUCGUAGCUAAUUCAAUGUAUGAUGUGAAAAAAAGUAGUGAAGAGUUAAGGUUGCAUGUGAUACAAGAAAGUAGAAGGGUGGAAGAGUUAGCUAGAGAUUUGUUGAAGAAUUAUCAAAAGAAAAAUGAAGUUGAUUUUGAUAUGAAAUUUGAAGAUGAAGAUGAAGAUGAUGAAGAUGAUGAUGAUGGUGCAAGUUGUUCAAGUUCUGAUUUAUUUGAAUUGGAUAAUUUAUCAGUGAUUGGGAUUGAGAGGUAUAGAGAAGAAUUACCAGUGUAUGAAACUACUCAUUUCAAUUCCAAUAGAGUUAUUGCAAAUGGGUUUAUUAUGUAAUUUUGAGGAAAAUGUGGGGUUUAAUUGUAAUUUUAGAGAAUUUAAUGGUGUGGGGGUUUACAUAUAAUAAGAUUUCUCUUUUUUUAUUUA